CAGAAAGACGAUCAAGACUUAAGAACACAAUCUCGUCCACGUUCAAUGCGGUGAUUGUUUCUUUCUUCUGCUGCCUUCGCCUGAAAUCGUCGUCAAUUCUACGCUCAUACUGAUUUCUGAUAUUCUUCUGUAUGUAUGAGUGCUAACGGCAGUUGUAUUCUCAUAGCCGAUGCGAUACGAAGUGAAGGUCUUGACGAUGUCACGACGCAACUGUUCGUCAAGUCAGCGUUCACCCUCGUCUAUGGCACGCUGUUCAUACUUGGUCUUGUCGGGAAUGGCGGUGUUGUCUUUGCCAUGGCAAAUAAUCGACGGUUACGGUCGGCGAGGAACAUCUUUUUGCUCAAUCUCAUCUUGACUGAUCUAUUAUUGGUGCUUACCGCCGUACCGGUGACUCCUUGGUAUGCGCUGACGAAAAACUGGCAGUUUGGUUCAGCAAUGUGUCAUAUUAUGCCGCUAUCUAAUUCCUGUUCAGUUUUUGUUACCAGCUGGAGUCUGACCGCAAUCUCUAUUGACAAAUAUCUACAUAUUAUUGAUCCGACCAAAGCUCCGGUUACUAAACGCCAAGCUUUGGCAAUUACCCUACUUAUCUGGUUGCUCAGCACAUUGAUCAACAUACCCUAUAUACUUAGCUAUCAAUUAGUCGACGGUAGCUAUUAUGUACCGAAGGACAGUGUACCAUAUUGUGGAAAAUUCUGUGAUGAAACAAAUUGGCAAAGUGAGAACUCUCGAAGACUCUAUGGCACCAUGGUGAUGUUAGUGCAGUUUGUCAUCCCAAUGGCAAUCAUCACUUAUUGUUAUUUCCGGAUAUUGCGGAAAGUUUCAAAGGAUAUGAUUAUACAAAACGUACAGUUCUCUGCUUCGCUUUCACAAAAACAAAGAGUAGACGCGAUUAGCCGGAAAAAGAAGGUCAAUUACAUUUUAAUUGGAAUGGUAGCUACUUUCAUAUGCUGUUGGCUGCCUUUGACUGCUGUGAAUUUAGUAAAAGACUACAAAAUAGAGCCUUCAUUUCUUCGAGCACAACCAUUCCUGGUCCCUCUGCUUGCGCAUGUCGUUGCUAUGUCGCUGGUAGUUUGGAAUCCUGUGCUAUUCUUCUGGCUCACCCGAAAACAAAAACGUUCUGGUCUUAGCAAGAUUAUCAGCUCAUCUGAGGUGGUAGCAUCAUUUGCAAGCCGAUUAGGAAAUAGCUUACGAAGAAUGUCUGGUCGACAUGAUAGCAAGCGUGAUAAACACAAGAAACGCAACGGAACAAUCGACUCGGAAGUCGUUUCUGGAUCCAGUACAACAUCGCGACCGCUAAUCAUUCGGACAGAGCUGCUACCAUCGACGACAACGGAUCGACCUUCCAAACUAGAACGUCUUUGAUAGUUGUGCAGAAGCAGAUGUUUAGAACUAUAAUGCCACUAGAAUGUUCUCGCAAAGCUCAUCAUUACUGCAGAAUUGACUGACUGCUCUUUCGUUACCGGUUUUUUCUUCAUUCUUUCUAGUCGGCUUGUGACAGCUAUUUCAUUUCAGAAUUCCUGCAGGUGUAUGCCGAUAAUAUCCCCAG